AUGAACUGUGACAAGAGGUCAGCCACGCCUCACAACACCAAUAUUGGUGAGGGGCAGCAUGCCUGGACAAAUGAAAAGACCGGAACUCAACAUAGAGCCGUUACUGCAAUUGAAACAUGCAACAGUGCUCGAGGAGGUCAUGUCAGUCAUGCAGAAUGGCUACCCUCCAACACCCAGAACGAGUUUGUACACCGCGAAACACGUAACCUGAUAUGUCGGAACAAUCAAGCUGUAAAGUCACAAGAAGUCCAAGACCAGUACAACAAGGCGGUUGAUCUUCAAAGCGAACUGGAUGCAGCACAAGACGAGUUCAACUCAGUGAAAGCAAGACAGGAUGGCCUUGAGCAGCAACUCAAAGAGACCAAGUCAGCUGCCAGCUCAUCUGGAGCUCUUCACAAACUCAGAAUACUGAAGAACACGCAAGAGGAGUCAAGCUCCUGCAGGCAAGUGAAGAAAACAAAGAAGGCGAAACAGAAGGGGGGAGGUAAAAAGUGGUGGAGAAGACAACAGUUGGAGCUAGAACAUAAUGACGACAACCUUGAGCUUCCCUUGCUAUCAGACUUGUACAAGGAGAUGAGCAAUGGUAACGAGCACUCAGUAUCAGAAGGCCAAGCAGAGCUACCUGAGCUGGUAGAUGUGGUCAUGGACUACAAUUGCAAUGACAACAGUAAUGAGGACAAGAACGAAGGCUCAGAGGACUGA